UGUGAUGAUAUUGACUUAGCAUCAUAUAUAUAUAUGGGUCAUCGCCCAGAGAUUAUUUCUGAAUUACCUUCAGAUUAUAAAGAUAUGAUGGAAAGGCCUAACGCUUCAGAGGUUGCAAAAUUUGCCACCAAUACUCUGGAAAAAUUAUAUAAUGGUGAAAUCAUUAUUCCAGCAUAA